GGUACUUGCACGAAAAAUGUUGCGUCACCACGAUGGGAUGAUGACGAUCACAAGAUUUGCGGAUCAUUGCUGACCUCGACCAGAUCAAUCAUGGCCUCAUCCGGACUAGACCUGGCGAGGAAAAACUCUUCGCAUGCCGCGGAUCUUAUCUACCGCAGCCGCGGACCGAGCUAUGCGAAGCUGCGGUACAACGAGGAAGCUGGUACAUACGAGACACGGGAGAGGCGAGGGGGGAGUAUGUUGUUUGCCAAGUCGAGCGGGCGGGGACUCCACGUCAGCUCCCGAAAACUUGCAAUGGAAACAAACACGACUCGGUAUUAUUAACUUAGCGAUAUGUGUUCUUGUUCCACAUCCAGUAGAUGCGUAUAGAUACUAAGAACGUGCUGGUGCUGAAAAUCAUGCGCUUCAUGUUGGUUCGUCAUUUACUUUCAGCGAGUAAAAAUUCGUUUCGGCGAGCGAGGGUUCCUGUUCAUCUGUUUCCAUGAUCUCUCAUUCCGUUUCGAACGCAUGAAUGAAUUGAAAUCUUGUAGGGAUCGACGAAACCUUCGGCAAACGGGCAAUAUCGACACUGUGGCCAUUGAGCCUCUACCGCCUGAGGGGGAAGCAGAGAGCGCCGUACACGACCUCCGCGGUGAGUCUCUUGGCGAGGAAGGCGAGAACGCUGCUGCGUCACCAUCUGCGAACAAUGAUCAGGCUAUUCAGAUAGAGGGUGAGGAGACCGCAAACAGCUCGACAAGCAAUCGGAAGAAAGAGCCUAGCCGCGUGAAUUCUCUGCGGGUGUUGCUGUUGGUGGCAAUUUGUGCCGGUGUCCUCUUCAACGUGCUGAAUGAGUGCAGACGCAAACUAACACGCUGGAAGCACAGCUUCUACGACCAGCCUGCCUACGUGCGCGCCGCCUUUGUAGAGGCCGACGAGGCCCGGCUGCAGGCCUUACAGGUCCUGGGGCUUGAUUUCGCGUGGCUUGCAGCAUCCGCGGGCCGGGACGGUGCACGGUUGCAGCACGAGGUUCCGGUGUGGGUCAAUGAGACGGAAACGGACGUUCGCAGAGGCAUCUCUGCCGGGACCGGCACACAGCAUGUGGCUCCGGAAGGGAGGAGUGCAUUCGCACACGAUUUGUCGAUUUUUCUGAACGACUCGCAAAAGGCAGUAGAUGACGCGGACGCGGAAACCCCCUUCAACGAGACGCAGCACGCUAAGCCGGCAGCAGGAGUUGUUGCGCGCGACCCCAUCGAGAACAACAGAGACGCAGAUCGAGAUCGUGCUGCACAUCGCCGCUCGCGCGACCGUAGAAACCGCGAAGCAACUACGUUGGAAAUGAAUGACACUCGCGAGGGUGGUCCACGUCGGGUAGAGAAACGCUCCGAUACAACCACCGCCGUCAAGGACGUGCACUUGCACAGCCACAAAGACCACGAAUAUUACAACCAGCAGCACAAGAACAAAACCAGUAAUGGCUCCGCAAGCGCGAUGAAACGAAACGGGACGAUAUCUCCUAUAGAACUUGAACUUCUAGCAGCUUCACCUUCGGAUUCUGAUCCGCUACCAAGCAAAACUACAGGCGACGACGAGGACCUGGAACUACGCGCGAGAGAGCAGGGAGGUGCGGAACUCUGGCGCUUGCUGUUUGAAGUGCUUUACGCCGUGCUAGCGGCCAUGUUUUGCAUCCCCGUCCAGGCGGCCGCUGGUGGGGGGAUUCCGGAGGUGAAGUGCAUGCUGACCGGCGUGCUGCUGCCCGACUACGUGUCGCGGUCGGUGCUGGUGUGCAAGUCGGUUGGACUCGUCCUCAUUUUGGCCUGUGGGAUCCCUUCGGGACAAGAGGGGCCCUUCGUGCACAUCUGCAUCUGUCUGCUCUCCAUCCUGUAUCAGGGAAAGAUGCAGGUUAACACGCAGACGGUGCUCGCGCUCGUUGCCGUGGGGGUGGG